UAAUUAUAACAUAUUUUGAAAUGAUAAAAUAAAAUUACAAAUACCCUAAACUUUCAAUUUAUUGAAAGUGUACAAAUCAGAAACUAGAAACGCACAACAACUUAUAUGUUACCAAGCCUGCCCAAGACGAAUAUUUAACGAGUCUCUGGAACUGAGUACCGAGACACGAUGACUGUCGAUGGUAAGUCAGACGGUACAGAUGGACGCAGUGGUCUGACCAUAAAAGAUAAUACGUCACAGAGCAGGAUCUAUAGCACACCCGUUCCUACACGAAAUAAUAAACACGAGCUCUCUGAUAUAAGUCCGUACGCCCAAUUUGCAGUUGGAUUCCGUACGUUCGGUCACGUUGACAAUCAAGAUGUGCCGACGUCGCACAGAAAGCAUAGAUAUAACUCAGAAACAAGUUUCCAAGUAUGUUCGGAGUGUGAUGAUACUGACACUCUCUCCAAGUACACGUUGAAGGGAAGGAGUAAAUGCGCCAGAGGAACAAGUUCGGCCUACAGAUAGUUCUAAAACCACGUUUUAAUUAUUAGUUAAUUUGUUAAAUUUAUUCUAAGCCUAUGUUCCCUAUAAGACUG